AUGACAUUACCGACGCUAGAUUCGGAUGUUGGUUCGCAGCUAUUCUUAAACCACCAAAGAUGGCCACCACCAAGUGGCGCGAAAGGCACCUUCUGCGCGUUCGAAAUGAAUGGGAAAAUCAUGCCGUUCGUGCUGCGAAAGGUGGAGCCGCGUUUUUUGUGCCGCGGACACGUGCCGGCGGGAUCGACGCCGCAGGGUUGGCCGGUCGGCGCCGAAUUGGAGGCGGUGGCGAACGGCGCGUUGACCACCUCGUUGAAGCAGCUCGCUUCGCUGCUCACCACCGCCGAGGACAUCUUCGCCGAGCUGACCACCGAGUUGACCGCCGUUGCCGAUCGGAGCAGCAAUUUACGCCAAAGGCUGGACAAGGUCGAAGGACGUCUCGCCACCGUUGACCCCAAGAAAGUGCCAGUCCAUUCUCAGUCCACUUAUGAGAAAUCCCACCUUCAUCCGAUGCAAUCGAUGUGCCGACGCACAAGCCACUCGUUGUCCGAGAUGGGAAACGUAUGAACGCACGGGCGCAGCUGGAAAGAUGCAUCUGCUGGUGGGAUUCUUGGAAUUUGUGGAAAUAUUUACGAUCGAUGAUGGAUCUAAAAUACAUACGUAG